UCACUUUAUCUGUUCUCCAAUUAAGAAUUAACUUCCAAAACCAGAUUUAUCAUCUUUAAAACCCAAACAACAAUAUCUUUUGCUUUUAUUCUAAUUUUGUAUCAGAGAAAAGGAUAAAGAUGGGAGAGAGAUUUGCAGUUGAAGAAGCCCAGUAGCUGAUCUCUCAGCUUUGCUUGCUUAAUAAACAAAAGCAAGAGGCAAGUUAGGCCAACAAGAGUUAGCUUCCCUCUCUCCAAACUUUGUGAUUCCCUUGGAAUCAAAGCAAAGCCUCUGUAGUAGCUGAUAUUUGGUCACCAUCUCAGACCCAACCCUUCACCUUCCUGACAUAUUCUUCACACCUAUUUUCCCCAGUCCCCUUUUAUACACUUCAGUUUCUUUGAUCUUGUUCAUAUUCACAGUUUGGCCUUUUCUGCAUGUUUCAGGGUUUUAGGUCCCAGAAUUGAGGCCUUGGAAGUUUCUGGCUUUCUGGGUUUUUGGCAUCUUUGGUGAAAAGUUGAUUGGUUUUCUGUUAGAAUCCAAUAAAGAUACUCAAUUUGAGAGAAACCCAUCAAAGGGUUUUGCUUGGAGGGUGUUUCAGAGUUUAAAGGUGUAAGCUUUUAUUGGAGAAAGAGAGACUUUCAUAGCUUCUGAAGUUGGGGUUUUGGGUUUGCUCACUUUGCUGCUGUUGAUUAAAAGCUUGAAGCUUUGAGUCCUUGGAGAUACAAGUUUUCUAGAUUGUGCUUGUGGCCACUCAACCCAUAUGGUAUUUUUCACCUUUGGCCUCAUUUAACUCUCAUGACUAUCAUUGAAAACAUGAAGGUUACAUGAAUAUUUUAAUACCAAGCUUUUCUGUCAAAACCAACUGCACACCACCUAUUUGUGAAAAUGCCAGCACAGUUUUUGUGAUACAACUCUCAUAUAUUUCAUGUUAGCCUCCCAAAUCCAGCUGACACGUUAACACCAUAUAACUCUUCUCCAGAGCCAGAUAGAUAGUGGGCAGUAGAAUCACUCUCUAUGCAUAGUACCCAUUACCUUUUCCAACCAGAGUCAAUGUGUAACUCUGCCAGUGCUGUUUCGUUUUCAUCGAGUUCUCCAGGAGAGAAUCGAAUGGCUGUGAAUGUGAGGACCAGGUCUUCUAGACCUCUUCCUUCUACAUUCUUGAUCAGAAUGGCUAUGAGGAUAUCUAGAGCAAGGUGGUUCACCUUCUUGAGAAGAGUGUUCCACUACCAAAAUGGGUCAAGGUCUGAUCUUGGAUCGAACCCUUUUAAUUCCAGCACUUGGAUGAUGAUGGAGUUCAUAGUUUUGGUCGUUCAGAUAAGCAUCACGACGAUUAUUCUGGCUGUUUCGGAGACGGAGAAGCCGGUUUGGCCUAUGAGAAUUUGGAUUGUUGGGUAUGACAUAGGCUGUGUUCUCAAUUUGCUGCUACUAUUUGGUCGUUACAGGCUACUUUAUCUCUCUCAAGCAGAUGGUUUCAACCUUUCGGAUAUAGAACAACAAAGAGGCGUUGAAGAGUCCAGGGCAACACAUUUGAUGAACAGGUGUAGAACCUCACUUGAGCUGUUCUUUGCAAUAUGGUUUGUAAUGGGUAAUGUUUGGGUGUUUGAUUCUCGGUUUAGCUCAUUCCCUGGAGCCCCAAAACUCCAUGUGCUCUGCAUUGCUCUGCUUGCUUGGAAUGCAAUCAGCUACUCUUUUCCAUUCCUACUGUUUGUGUUGCUGUGUUGCUGUGUUCCUCUGAUUAACAGCAUGCUUGGAUACAACAUGAACAUGGGCUCCAUUGAUAAAGCAGCAUCUGAUGACCAAAUCUCUCAGCUACCUAGCUGGAGAUAUAAGGAAGUUAACACCUCCAUAGAGCUGAGAAAUGAUCGCAACUCAGACCUCACAAAUGAAGAUCCAGACUGCUGCAUUUGCCUGGCCAAGUAUAGGGACAAAGAAGAAGUGAGGCAGUUGCCAUGUUCGCAUAUGUUUCACCUCAAGUGUGUCGAUCAGUGGCUUCGGAUCAUAUCUUGCUGCCCUCUUUGCAAGCAAGAACUGCAGAGAUAACAACUAUUUGACUGAGAUCUUUGUAUUUCAUUUUCGGUUAUUUUUUGGUGUGGUUUUUUUUCAGGGUUACUUGAGUGAGUUAAUUUGCUUGUACAGUGGAGCUCACCAGUAACCAAAAUAUACCAAUUAAGUUUAUAAUCUUGAAUACAACACAGAAAAUAGAAUGAUGUAUGUUGGUUUCCUUAUAAGUUUUCUCCAACUUGUACCAAAUCAUAGUUUUUAAAUAGCAUUGAAUACAUGUACAGAUGUAAAUCCCAGUAAACAAAUGCAUCAAUAUUUGUAUUA